AUUUAUCAUCCAUGAUUGGUGGUAAACGUUAUCCAAGUUCUACCAAUUUUUGAACUACACAUGGUUGCUCCUUGAUAAAGACAAGUGUUCCAAGUUCGAUCUUGCUUGAAUGGGAUCAAGGGCCACACGAAACAUUUUUUCACGCUCAAUAAUUUUCAUGUGUCAAAAAUGUCACAUGGGUUGCCUAAAAGCGGAGUCCUGCGCAAAGACUCUGAGACAAGUUUACUGCUUGCCACCCAUUGCUUCAUCCAAUGUCAAGCCUAAGAUCGGAUAACGAAGAUGCUCUUGGAAGAGAACCAGCAGACAGUAAUUACCAUAUUGUGCCUUCGUCCAGUUACGAAGACGACGACGACGACGAUGUAAAUGAUAUUAACCUUACUGGGGUUGCUCCAGCUGAACGACAAACCAUUGGCAAUGCUGAUGUCGAAGCAGAAAAAAUCACUGAGCCAGUAGCGGCUAUGCGAUGGCAUCCUGCCGUCACCAUGAUGGUCGACACGAUGAAAAAGCUACUGUCCCCGUUUGUGCGAAUCCUAUUUACUCCAAAAGCGCAACGAACCAUGGUAAAAAUGACCGUUACUGCUGUUUUGCUCGUAUGGAUCCUUUUGACAAGUAUGGCGGCCUAUUUGACUUUUUACCAACAAUACGUCCCUCGCACAGCACACAUUGAGCCCAUCUAUUUUCAAUAUGAAACGUCUGCCGGAUCAGCUCCUGUCGGUAUUGUCGAUCUCACUGAAGGAGCUUAUCAUUACGCCCCGCUGCGACAUGAACAAGCUUAUGAUGUGUCCGUAAAACUUCAUGUGCCGACCUCUACCAUCAACUUUGAUAUUGGUAAUUUUAUGGUCACCACUGAACUUCAGACGAGCGGUGGAUCAAGAUUAGCCUACGCUAGUCGACCGGCUAUUUUACGUUAUCAAUCCAACACACAACGCGUACUUCACGUUGUUGCUAAAGCGUUACCACUGCUCCUUGGAUUGACCGAAGAGUCUCAAAGCAUUACCAUUCCAUUGAUGGAAAACUUUGUCGAACAGCGAGGCAAACCUACCACACGCGCCAUAGUGACCUUGUCCAACCCUCGCUUGCAAGUGUAUAAUGCUGAACUACGUAUUCAUGCCGACUUCCGUGGUCUGCGGUACUACAUGUACUAUCAUCGAAUUAGUACCGCUUUCACUUUUAUCACUGUUUUUGCUGGUAUCGAAUUGAUUUUCGCAGCCAUUGCAUGGACUUUAUUUGGUCAGGCCUUGUGGGACAAGCUGCAAAAUUUUUUUGAAGGUGCAGCCGACGAGAUUCAAGCUAUACAGGAAAAUUACGACAAGGACUUGUUGAAUCAGACGGAUCAAGAAGAAGAUGAAGAAGAAGGAGAAGAGGAGGCAAACGAACGAGCAAAACUUGACCAAGAAACUGCUCAAGAUGUGCCGUCAUCUUCCAGAAGAGAAACUAGCUAAAUCCAUAGAAAAAUUCAUGUUAUAUACCAACAAUGCAAAGUGGCAUGAGCUAGCCCAUCGAUAAGGAACACAAUUUAAUCGAGUAGACAUUGUUCAUAUCAUGAUAUUACAAUAUUCCUUUACCAUCACUUCCAUAAGAAUAAAACACUGUUAUCCGAUGCAGAAAAC